UUCGUUCGACAAUUCCCCUCACCCUAUUCAACUCCUUCCCGCCGCCGUCUCCUUCGGCGCUAAACAUCGUUUUGGUUGCCGCGCUGUUUUUCAUCCACCGCACCGCCAUAAAUUAUUCCAAACCAAAUUGAAAACUGAAACCCUCUUCUCAAGCUCUCAACUCAGAAUGGUGCUACUGGUUGCUUCGUCGUCUAUUGAUUCAGGGAUUGGUUGCUGGGACCUUCAUACCGGCGCAGAACAUCUGCGUUACAAGUCUUGUGCUUCUCCGCCACAUGGUCUUGUUUGUGUCGGUGAAAAGUUUCUCGCGUGCUCUCAGCUUCGCGAUGCUGCAGCUACUGCUGGCUCCGUUCUCUACUGGUCUUGGUGUAAGCCUCAAGUUGAAGUUAAGAGUUUUCCGGCUGAACCAAUAAUGGCCUUGGCUUCCAACAAUGAGGGUACUUAUAUUGUUGGUGGUGGUUUCUCUGGAGAUAUAUACUUAUGGGAGGUUUUAAGUGGUAGACUGCUUAAAAAAUGGCAUGCUCAUUAUAGGGCAGUUACUUGCCUUGUUUUCUCUGAAGAUGACUCCCUGUUAAUUUCUGGUUCUGAAGACGGCUGCAUUAGAGUUUGGUCCCUUAUAACGGUUUUUGAUGAUGGAUGGCAAAGGGAAGCAAAACAUUUGUAUGAGCAUAGUUUCACUGGGCAUAAUCUGCCUGUUACUGACAUUGUUGUUGGCUAUGGAGGAUUCAAUGCUAUUAUAAUCUCUUCCUCUGUGGAUCGUACUUGUAAGGUGUGGAGCUUAUCGAAGGGGAAGUUAUUAAGAAAUAUCAUAUUUCCUUCAAUCAUUGAUGCCAUUGCUUUGGAUCCUGGUGAGCAUGUCUUUUAUGGUGGUGGCAGAGAUGGGAAGAUCUACACUGCUGCGCUUAAUGCUAAAUGCCCAUCCAGCAGUGACUACGGAUUGCAUAUACUUGGGUCAUUGUCAAAUCAAAGCAAGUCAGUUACUUCCUUGGCAUACUGCUCAAGUGGUAAUUUGUUGAUCUCUGGAUCUGAGGAUGGAGCAAUAAGAGUUUGGGAUACACGAACCAAUAAUGUUAUUCGUGUUUUCAGACAUUCAAAAGGUCCUGUAAACAAUAUACUUCUUGUUCAACAACAGCCCCUCCCUAAAUCACAGUCAACUUCCCAAGGUUCUUUGAGAAAGCACCGGCCAAUCUUACCACCUGCCCUCGCUAAAUUUGAGAACUCUAAGGACGAGGAUGAAUACACUGGUGUUAUCAUUGAUCCAUCAGGUCCUCCCAAGGAAUCUAUGGAGUUUUCUUUCCUUAGUUCUCACGUUAUGGAUAAUCAAAUCACAGAACUUCAGCAACAGGGUUCUGCUGCCACAGAAAUGGAGUUGGAAAGACUUAAGCAUGAUUAUGGAAAAUCCAAGCAAAUGCUACAACACUGGAGAAAAAUGUACGACAAUUUACAUCAAUUUUGUGUUAAUGAGCUUCUGGACGGCAAUCAAACUAAAAAUAUAGAAGGCAAUUCCACUUGAGCGUUGCUAUCACUUCUCUUAUGUAUUCUAUUUGUUUUAUCUAUCUCCAGUUCUAGAAAUUGUAUAAUCACGUCGAAACAAAUCUGAUGGAAUUGUUAGGAAGUCAUCGUUGAUUAAUUUAAAUUCCAAAAUCCCAUUUCUGGGAUAAGAGAUCUGUACAUGGCGAAUACACUUCCUUAGUUUAGAUUAUUUUUUGUUAAUGUGGGGAUUCUUUAUUCUUCUUGUA